AGAGCAGGCUGGCAGCCAGGCCUGGAGGAGAAAUGACAUCUCUCAGCCUUCUCAGCUGCACUGGACCACGUACAGUUGUGAUUCAAUGGGCAUGAAUUGCUGUGUGAUGCCAGGAGGUGUUUGUUAUUCUUGACCAAGUCAUUUGAAUCUAUCACUUCAAGAGAGUGAAAGGAGUCCCAUCUGAUCUAUUGCUGGUGUCGUAGGAAGAAACAUGAGCCAGCCAAACACCAGCGGGGACUGCUCCUUCGAGGGCGUGAACGAGCUGAUGAAAACCCUGCAGUUGACAGUCCACAUCCCCACCUUCCUCCUGGGCCUGCUUCUCAACCUGGUGGCCAUCUUCGGCUUCAGCUCCUUCCUGAAGAAGAGGUGGCCCGAUUACGCUGCCACCUCCAUCUACAUGAUCAACCUGGCAGUCUUUGACCUCCUGCUGGUGCUCUCCCUCCCGUUCAAGAUGGUCCUGUCCCAUGUGCGGCCCCCCUUCCCGUCCCUGUGCACCCUGGUGGAGUGCCUCUAUUUCAUCAGCAUGUACGGAAGCGUCUUUACCAUCUGCUUCAUCAGCAUGGACCGGUUCUUGGCCAUUCGGUACCCACUCCUGGCCAACCACCUCCGGUCCCCCGGGAAGACCUUUGGGAUCUGCUGUACCAUCUGGGUCCUGGUGUGGACUGGGAGCAUCCCUGUCUAUAGUUUCCAUGGGACAGUGGAGAAUUACAUGUGCUUCCACAACAUGUCUGACAGUACCUGGAGUGCGAAGGUGGUCUUCCCGCUGGAGGUGUUUGGCUUCCUCCUUCCCAUGGGUAUCAUGGGCUUCUGCUCCUCCAGGAGCAUCCACAUCCUGCUGGGCCGCCGCGACCACACCCAGGACUGGGUGCAGCAGAGAGCCUGCAUCUACACCAUUGCAGUCAGCCUGGCUGUCUUUGUGGUCUCCUUCCUCCCAGUUCACCUGGGGUUCUUCCUGCAGUUCCUGGUGAGGAACGGCUUUAUCGUGGACUGCAGAGCCAGGCAGAGGAUCAGCUUCUUCUUGCAACUGUCCAUGUGUUUCUCCAACAUCAACUGCUGCCUGGAUGUUUUCUGCUACUACUUUGUCAUCGAGGAAUUCCGCAUGAACAUCAAAGCCCACCGGCCUUCCAGGGUCCUGCAGGACACUAUGAUCUCCCGGGGCUAAGGGAAGGACACCCUACUCAGGGAAGGAAGCCCUGACUCUGAAUUCUGGUAAUGGAUAUCGUGUUCCAGGGUUUCAGUGUGGUGGGAUGAUCCAGGCCAUCUUCACUGAUAUGCUUCUCUUUGAUGCCCAUUGAGUGCCAGCUUUGCUCAUUAUACCCCAAAGACCUUUUUCCAGUGCCCAGACAGCUCCACAUGUACCACCCAGUGUUCAGGGAUCUCUGAAGAACCCCCAAACCAGGUGAAUUAUUGAUUUCUGAGUCCAAAAACUAUAGACCAGAAGAAUUAAGAAAGAGAAUGGACCAUGUGAACAAGGUCUUUCCAACUCUCCUCAUUUUUCUCUUAGACUUGGAGGUUCUGAAAAGAAAGAGAAAGACAGGAGGUAGAGGGGGGAACUAAGAGAGUCAGUUAUGGGGGAGAGUGUCCUGGGCAGAGGUAGGGUGGUAGGGAUGAAUGAAGCUCCUUUUUAGUUUGGGUGUCCCGGGACGGAGCAGGCUUACGUUUUCCAGUCCCUUCUGGAGCUGUGUUGCCAAAAGCCUCACUGAGAUGGCAGCAAGUGGGGGUGGUGUUUGGGGCUGGGCAAGCAUGUGUGGAUCACCCAAGUUUCCAGUGGGCCUCAGAAAGGUGAAGGAAGCCAGCCGGACCUUUCUGUGCCCAUGAGAAGGCUGCAGAAUGACCGAGAGUGGUGUGAAUGACAUCCAAGAGCCGUGACGGGACAGGACACUCCUGGGGAAGGAAGCAGACAGCCCCUCCCCCAUCACCAUCAGGGUGGCCACGGCAUAGAGUGUUGGUGCUGGCCCAGGGUGAGGAGAGGCAGUGGGAGACCCCUGACUCGCUUUCUGUCUUAAACAGGCUGGGAAGUUGCUCAUGACACUAGUUUCCUUGAAAACAAUGGCAAAGAAUCAGGCCUGCCUUGGUUCCACCAUAUGAGGGUGGAGGAGGUCUUGUUCACCUGCAUCCUGGCUGGGCAGCUGGCACCCGUGGCACUGCCUGUGGAGCUGUCCCUCCCUGGCAGCUGGGAGGGAGAAGAUAAGGCAGCCAGGCACAAGUGGGGUGGGGGGCUGGGAGGCUUGAGAAAGAAGGCAAGGUGGGGAGUCCCUGCAGUUCCCAGGAAACUGUAAACAACUGAGUCACGCCUGGAUGGCUUCUCUAAGGACCUGGAGGAGGAGUGCACAGUGACAGCGGAAGACUUCUGAUGACUCAGCUGCCCUGGAGAAUGAAAUGAUGAGAAGGAUCAGUUGUGGGGCGGUUUGCACGGCAGAGUGAGUGGGAUGACGAGUAACUGAUGAGACUUCAUGUGAGCAAGGUCUUUAGAAGGAAAAGCAACUGCGGUCUACUGUAGGAUCUGGACCCAUGUGGGGAGGUGGGAAGGGCUCGGGAGGGGUGGCGGCAGGACAGGGAGGAGAGAGGGAUUUGGAUAAACCUGGACUGGCAGAGGAGGAGGAAAAGGAAGAGGAGGAGGAGGGAAGCUGGGCGAUGGCCCUAGGCUUGAAGCCUGCAGGGAGUGCAGGAUGCGUGGGGAGCCUGGCUGAGCUGCUUCCCGCCUGAGAGCCUUUCCCGGCCGGUCUAGGAGCCAUGGAGCGGCAGGAGCCGCCUUCUCAGGAGCAGCCCCCGCUGCUGUGUGCUCAGGUGGCGCUCUGUGCACCUCCUCCUAGGUGGAUGGAGGGAAGGGUGAGGAGGAAAGCAUCAAUGAAGGGGUGGAAGUGGAUGUGGAGGAGUGACCAGACCGACCAGAGGGACCCGGAUCAGAGGCUCAGGCCCCUGGGCUGGGUCUGUAGGAACCGCAGCCGCAGAGUCAGGCUCUGCAGACCCAGAGGUAAGACUGCCUGGCUGCCCCAAGCCCCAGAUACUCCUCUCCUUGCCUGCAGGCUGCCUUGUCCCUGGGCUACCCUAGACAGAGACACACCCAUGAUACUCUGAGGAAUCCAGACUUUCGCAUGCAACAGGGCAUUUGUCUGGUUUGGAUCAGAGUCCUUGGGGGACGGAUUUAGGGACCACCCUCCUCCCACUUCUUUCUUUGCACGAGGAGCUGGGACGCUGCCUGUUGGAGCUGAGUGGUGCCCUUCGUAUGCACUUGGGUCUAGCCAUGUGCUUAAGGUCAGAGUGGCUUCCUAAGAGAGAGGGGUGGGUGGACCUGACCACCCGUCAUCCACAGCGAUGUCCAAACGUGAAAUCUUAUCUCUGUGCAGCAUGACUGUGUCCAGGUGACAGAAAGGCUCUAGACCGCUGAGAGGAACUGAUCAUGUAGGGUGGGUCAGCGAGGGGAGCCAGGACCCAUGAGCUGUGUGACCAUAAGGGGUAGGUCCUUGGAGGGCAUCAGCAGUCUCAGUGUGAUGUGACAACUAUGGACCUGUGGGUAGGCCCUGGUGACCCUGACCCAUCCCGAAACGUGGUGGGAAGAAGGGUCUCUUCUCCUUGGGGACCCAAACUGUCCCAAGUAUCUGUGGCAGCGGGUGCAGAUCUAUGCUGCAGACCACUACGGCUGCUCGGCAGGAGGGCCGAGAGUCUGGACCCAGGCAGCAGCAGCUCAGUCCACCCCAUGACUGGCAGCAGAGCCCAGUGGCACAGGAGGGACGGAGGGUUUGCACUGGAAAAAAAAAAUGACUUGAUUAACCUGAUUCGCCAAAUAAAUAGAUUCAUGUGA